AUGAAGAACCCGUUGCACAACCCGCUGCCUGCCUCACUAUCUAGUAUUAUCCCCCGUGCCACUGCCACUCACCUGGCUGAUUCCAAACUGACCAUGUUCCACAGGCGAGUGCAAAAAAGCCGCUGCGAUUAUCGAAUCCUUCAUCAACCCGAGCCUCAAAAUCGAUGGGCAAAUUCCACGUAA